AUGGGGGUGUCACUUGGCACAGAGGUAGUUGUGUCGGCGUGGAAACACUGCCGCACCCAACAGUAUAUAGGCUUACCACUGCACCGGGCUCUGCAGUGGUGGACGACCCUUUCCUGUGUUUGCGUGGGACCAAAUAUGGAGGACAACAAACAGAACCCAGAUGCACCAGCUGGCCAAUUGGUGCAAAACAGCGGAACACCCACCGGUCAAAGGGUGAAUACCUCAGAGGUGAAGAACAAGGAAAUAGGAAAUGCUGGAGAAAUUAAGACUGCAGGGAAUCUGGUGACGAAGUUGUUGGCCUCGUCAACUUCAAGUCAAACAAGCCAGAACGACGUAAAUAUGGAAGAGGCAAAUGCACGUUUUUUCAAGUACCUCCAGCAAACAUACUCGGUGGCUAAGAGCCUGGAUGAUGAAGUUGCUAUUGCCACCAACAUCAAGAGAGAGAUAAAAACCCUCAUAGUCCAGCUAUCGACCAACGUCAAAGGGCGAUACAGUGGGGAAGGCUCACGGGUGCCUCCUGAGCCAAAGACGACAGGAGUACCGUCAGGUCUCCAACCACGGUCGACCCCUGCAGGCAAGAUCCCCUCUCCGGAUCGCACACGCUUUGAGCUCCUUGCUGCCAUCGAGGGACUCCGACAACAGCUGAAAACUCAGGGGGAAGCUGUUGGGAAGCUAACAGAGCAGGUAGAGAGGUUACAGAACCAAAAUCAACGACAGGAACUGCCACAACAAAAGUCGCCGAAGCAGCAGCAGCAGCAGCAGCAGCGAGAGCCACAGAUGCAAAGAAAUCUACAAUUUCAACAAAAACAGCGGACAGACGACUCUCAGGACCGCAGCAGUGAUACCGGAAACUGGGAAACGGUUGAGAACCGGCGAAAGAAUAGGCGUAGGGUCAAGCCACCGCACCAGCGACCAUCAAAUAGUGAGGCGUUGGAACCACAUAGCGACCCCCCGCGAAGACAGCAACGAGACAAACGCCAAGUCGAAACAGGAAACGAGAACGAGAACGGCGAACGAAGGGGAGGUAACGGUAGCUCAGCGGGAAAAAUGGCCAGGAAGGCGAAAGAAGCUGUACCAAACCUAAAAGAGCUCGGCAUCGAAGUGGUCGGGACUAGAAGAACAGCAGCAGGUGACAUUCUCCUAGAGGUUGGCAGCAAAGAGGAGGCUGAACUCUUUGCUAAAAAACUAAAGGAGAAGCUCGGGAAUGAGGUAAGCGUAAGAAGGGCCAUGAGAACGGCACCAGUGCUCAUCUCAGGACUUGACGAGUCAACAACCAUAGAAGAGCUGAGGGCAGUUCUUGCUGAAAGAGACCCAGAGCUAGCAGACAUCAAACCCUUCACCAUCCGAACAGCAGCCAACGGCUGGAGCACUGCAAAGAUCGAGACCUCGAUACAGCCGGCAUUGCGGCUAGCUGCUGAUCCCAAAUUGAGGAUUGGAUGGAGCAACUGCAGGAUAAAGCUGCUCGGGGAAAAGAAAAGGGUUUGUUUCCGAUGCCUAGAAACCGGGCAUGUAGCAGCAGGAUGCCAGGGGGAAGAUCGUUCCAACCGCUGCAUCAAAUGUAGGAAGGAUGGUCAUGUGGCCAAGAAUUGCGAAACGCGAGCCACGACUGGGUCAAUGCCGCGUAAUGAGGCCGGAAGGACCAGGAGGCAAUGA